AACUAAGACUUUUUUUUUCUGUCAAGGCAUGGCUAACUGAAAUUAAUGAAUAUGCGCAACAAAAUGUGGUGAUCAUGCUGCUGGGAAACAAGGUUGACUCAACUCAGGACAGAGUUGUCAAAAAGGAAGAAGGAGAGAGGUUAGCCAAGGAAUAUGGAGUACCAUUUAUGGAGACAAGUGCCAAAUCAGGACUGAAUGUAGAACUGGCAUUUAUGGCUAUAGCAAAGGAACUCAAGCACAGAUCAAUGAGAUCUCCCAGUGACCCCAAAUUCAAGCUCCAGGAUUAUGUGAACAAGGAAGUGAAAGGCUCUGGGUGCUGCAGGUCAUGAUCUGGCAGCAGUACACCUGUACAUCGAAGGGAAGAAAGAGAACAGUGACAAGCAUGUAGAUAUGCCAGGAUGGUUGAUAACUCUCAGCCGUUGCUUCUGAAGUAUUCUGUGCAUGUCUUUUUUGUGUCUGUACUUCUAUGAUGUUCAGUUACAACCUCUGGAGUGGAAUAACCACUAAAACUAAUUCCAUUUGUUUCACACCCCUUCAAAAAUGGUUUACUGCAUUUCAUCAUACUUGAAAGAUAGUCUUCUGGCUCAUUUAUGUGCCAUUCCUAAUAAAAUGUUAGUAUUUUAAUAAACGUUAAAAUAAAGCAUUGCAGAAAUAAUCCAGUAACAGUACUGUAUUACGGAAAUACCGUUACUGCAGGGUUUCAAUUUAUACCAUUAGUGAAGAAUGUGAGUCUCCAAUUAGAUGAAAACUUCCAAAAUGAAGUGCAAGAAAAUCAUUCACUGGUGUUAACAUAUUUUAAUUCUAUUUAAAAAUAAUAUCAUAAAAGCCAAAAUAUGGCUGGGCUCUUCUACUAAGAAAUGUGCUUUGCUUUAUACAUUUACAGUGAUGCUCACAAAUGUAUUUAUUUCUGCAGCCUGUUUUUCCCGUUUAAAGAAUUAAAAGAUGAAGGUUGACCUCAGAAAUACUAAAUAAUUUCCACAUUUUGACUCAUGGAGGUAAAUGACUUUCAUUAAAACUUAACUGAGUCUUUGAUAUGUAGUGCAGGCUUUUAAAGCUCCAUGUCUAAAACAAGUUUCUAUUUGACUUCACCAUCAAGUUCCAACAACCUGAAACGUGCGCCCAUUUGCUGGAUUCCUGCAUAGCGCAAUUAAACAAAAUAUUAAUAAAAUGCAAAUAACAGUACCAGUAAAGUUGAUGAAUGUUUUACUUGUUUUGUUGGUUUUUUAUAAGACAUAGCACGAAAGCAACAAAAAUGUCUGAGAUAAUGUGUGCAUCCCGUUCUGUCUGUGAACAUGUGAAAUCUGUUUUAAUCAGACAUUUCAAAAAUGUACAGAAUUCUCUGAUAAUUUGUGAAAGUCAUCACCACAGAUAUGUCAUUUUACUUUCAUUAAUGAGCUUCUAGUGUAUACUAUUAUUGCUUGUUUUGUAUAUAAUGUCUAACUCAAUUCAAUCUGAAAUUUAAUUAUGGAGUUACCUUAGGUAACCAAAAUCAAUGGAAAUUGAUAACUUCAGAGAUCUGACACCUUCAGGAAAAAGGUAAAGGGCUUGCUUGUCUAAUUUUGCUCUUCUUACUCUAUGUUAAAAAAAAUGAAUAUCCAGGGAAUAUGAAACUUUUGGUUGGGAUCACUAGACUACCAAUAAAUCAUUUGUCUGUAGAGUAGAAAUUCACUUGGAUGCAUCAAAGUCAGUGAAGGAAACAGCAAGAAGAUAUACUGAAGUAUUUACAACUAGUAAAAUACAUAUACAUCACUGUAAGUAAUCACGUGUGUUAAUUUACCUGUCUUUAUGUAAUAAGCGAGAUUAAUAUAUGGACCUAAACUAUCUUUUGGGCCUUAAUUUACUACUAAUUUAAUGACUUAAAAGCAUGUUUGAAGUAACUCAGCUAACUUGUUAGGGAUAUUCAUUAGCGUGAUGUGUAUUGUGAAUCUGUUUAAAUAUUAGUUAGGCUUCAGUCAUGUAAUGCGUGCUUUGGUCACCCAAACUUCUCAAGAACAUGGGUAUAUUUGUUCUCUUCAGCACUAGGAUAGCCUUCAAACAUGCUUAGUAUAUGGCAGAAGAAGAACAUGGGAUACAGCAGUACCCUAAUGCCAUGGCUGCAGUCUCAGAUGAAAUAGCAAUGAAAUGUUGAGUGAAACUACUCAGAAUGCUGCAGAACCAUCAUCAUCAUUAUGUGAAAUAUUGUUAAAGGUGGGUUAUGAUACUGCCUUUACCUACUCACAAUAAUUAUUUUACAGUUUUACAGAAAGAUGGUCUUCCGUACUCUUGACUCUGCUGGUCUAAUUCCUAGCUCUGGCUGACUUCAGUAACCUGUAUUACAGCCUGCUAUAAUGCUGGCUAAGGAAAUUAAGUUACAGAGGUGGAACAGAACUGACAAAUUAGCUCAAAGCCAUUAUAAGGAGAUGUGCCACCACUAAUAGCACAUAGAUAGAGACUAGGCUUGGGAGAAAAGGGUUAAUGCUGGUUUGAGACUUGGUUGGCUAUGUAGAAAAGGGAAGGUAGACAAAUAUGGAUUUUAAUGGGGUGGCUUGAACUGAAGUGGAAUUAUAAGUACUGUGGAUGGCUAUGAUUCAGCCACAGAAUUUGCUAGAGUAUAUAACAGGAACUUGGAUGGAACCAUGGCCAUCCUAAAUCCCAUGUAUGUAAACCUGCUUCUGCACAACUAAUUUAAAUAGAGGAGAGUUAUGCUACAUGAUUAUUUUACAGUGAGGCAAGAGUUUGAAUCCAAUAUUUCAUUGUUGUCUUUGCCAAAUAACACUGUGGUGUUUUGUCUUCAUGCUGCCUUUUUCUCAAUCUCCCUCUCUUUCUCACUCACACUCUCUUAGUUAUUACUUUUUUACAUUAAGUAUUCUAACAGAAUACUGACUUUGUAGUUUACGUAUAUGUCAUGCAGAAAUGCCAUUGUAUGUUGAGUUUUUAAGACUGCUAUUUUUAAUUCUGAGCUUUAUGUUUCUUCCUAAAAGCCCAACCUGAUCAUACUAAAGAGAAAAUGUAUGUGUUGACAUGUUCUUUGUAACAGGUUAAUGUGAAAUCAUUCUAAUUAUUCAAAUUAUAGUUUGUAUGUUUAACAAUGCUUUAAUUUGUACCAAUGCAAUUUACAGUAUUUGAAAUAACGGGGAAAUGUUGCUGCUUCUGGUAUUGAUAUUGGUGUGUAACACUGUUUUACAUUGUUAUAAAGACAAAUCUGAAUUUUUUUGGUUUGAAA